CUUAUUAGAUACGAGUCUGCUGUCUAUUGUGUUACUAAAGAUGAAUUUUCAUACUGAGUAGAAUUUUCGCGUAAAAGUGUAGAAAUUGUUAACAAUUAUUUAUUUGGAGAUUCACCUUUAGUUUGAUAAAUGAUGAUUCUUUUCUGAGCAGUAUUAUAUUUAAUUUAUCAAUAUACAAUCAGAAUUAUACGGUCUUGUGUGCAUUUUUAAAAUAAAGCAUUAUUUUCUUAUGCAACGCAUCUGUCACUAUUUUUUCUCUAUCUUCCUUUUAUUAUAUAAAAUGCUUGUCGCAUUUGCAGACUUGAAUUUAAAGUAAUACAAGUGACUAUCUCGUUGCAAUUACGUUCGUGUAUCACGUCUAUAUUUUAAAUAAUUCAAAUAAGAAAAUUAUGAAUGCAAAUCAGAUGCUCCAGCGACUUAGCCGCGGGAAGGUCACAAAAUUCUCGAGUGCCGUUUCGAGUUUAGCUGACACCCCAUGCUGACGUGCGUCGCGCUUUUGCGCACCCUCUGCGCAUCACCGCACGACAACAAGUCAAUUUCUCAUGAACCAUAGGCACCUCGUUUUUAAAUCCAAUUUGGAUUUUAUAAAAAAAACAAUACACGAGAGUUGCACGUGUAAUAUGACAGAGAGAAAAUGUCAAGAACGAUCAUUCAUUCUUGACAUAUCGUGCAAUAUUUUUUCCAGCAGAAUACACGUUCAUGUAAAUCGGGCUUAAAUGGGAUUUAAUCGCUCCCAGGAGCGAUCCGAGACACCGGCUCAGUGGAACGCCGUCGUAAGUCUCGUAUCGGUCUCGUCCGAUCUCGCUGCUUCGCCGCACGAACGUGACAUCGCGCAGCGACGUCAGAUAAAUGACGGUGUGUGAUAGCGAAAGCGUGGGAGAUCAGUGAUACGUAAUAUCUCACGCCGCAAUUAUCCAAAACACGAAGCGCGGAAAAAUGGCGGAGCAAGGUGACAGAAGUCAAUUACCACCUGGUUGGGAAUGCAGAUAUGACAUUCGCAGCGGUCGUCCAUAUUUCAUAAAUCAUUUCAAUCGCACUACAACAUGGGAAGAUCCCAGAGUGAGGUACUGGCAGUAUUCGCAGUACAUACAGUCUCAGAACUCGGUGGCCCUGAGUUCGGCCACUACCACUACCUCCCAAGAUAUUCCUAUGCAGACCGGAGGAAGCGGAGGUGGCGGGCACUUAAGUUAUACAGGUGCUCAUAGAGCCCCACAAAUCUAUCCAACACCGUCCCCUUAUCAUAAUCCACAGCUAGCAUUUUUACCUCCCAGCGGGCAGGAGCUGAAAACUCCGUUAUCACUGAAGUCCACCAGCGCGGUGACAACACGAUUCGGUGAUAUUACUCUGGGAUCACCGACUCCGGUGAGAAACACAGAGACAAGUUUUACUCAAAAUUCGGACUCCGAGUCACAAGUAGCGAAAAUCAAUGCUGUGUUCCCGACUGUUUCCGACACACAUAUUCGUCUCUUACUGAAGAAAUACCAUAACAGAGCAGCUUUGGUCAUGAGUGCUCUUCAAGUGGAAAAGAAUCCUCUUUGUGCACCAGGACCGUGCACACCUGUGGGAGUGCAUUCGCAUUAUGCAAUCCCGAGAUGGCGUCUACCAGCUCACGCUAUACACGCAGCAUUAACAUUGAGUCCACCUCGUGGGGUCCGGCCAGCCCCUAACUCCCCAAAAAUGAAACUUAGGUACCUGAAAAACGUAUUUCCGAAAGCGGAUGAAACGAUAUUACUGGAAAUACUAGAACAGAGCGAUAACAACGUGCAGAAGGCGUCUGAGAAACUAAUCGAUCUAGGAUAUGAAAAACGGAAUCCUACUCUUCCUGCCAAGGCUCUAGCGAAAAAGAAAGAGGAAGAACAGGCUCAAAACGAACAAACUGCACCUACACCUCCGCCGAGAAUGAAAAGCACAGAAGAGAAAAAUAAGAUGAAAGCGCGUUUGAUGGAGAAAUAUAAGACGGUGCCAGAUCGAGUGGUGAUGCUUGCCAUGGAUAGCGUAGAUUAUGACGAGGAGAGAGCGAUACAUAUAUUAGAUAUAGUAGUAGCGGAGGAAGCUACUCGACCAAUAUGUACUUCUAGUAGCCAAAGCAGAAGCGACGAGCGAAAAGAUAGUCCGCCAGUAACAGAAGCUAUAAAAUUAACAGCUUCGCCGAUUAAGAAGAUAAGUAAAGAGGGAGAGACUGAAAAGUCAAAACGGUCCAAAAAUAAGACUGAGAUACCGAAAGUUUCACGUGGAACCAGUACUACGGAAGACAAAGAAUACAAAUCCCCUUAUUUAACCAAACCAACCGGGACAAAUUCAGAUUUACCAAAAGGAGCAAAUAAUGAUCUAUUGUUGCCGGAUUAUGCGCCAUGGUCGGGGCCAGAUCCCAACUUACUGUCCAAGCAACCGUUCUUGAGAUCGCUCGCGAUAGGGCACGACGAUAAUUUGAUCUCUACGAAACAUUGUCUCGCUAAGGGCCCGCAAUCCGAAUUACGGAAAGGACCAAUAAGGGGAUUAGCUCAGGGUUCCAUUUAUUCGCAAAGGAACAUAGCUAAUACGGAGAGCCGCGGUAAAUGAAACAUGUGUAGCUGUUUCUUUCUUGACAUUUUUGCGUUUGUUAAAUAAUAAGAUAUUUUAUCUUAAUUUAGAAGUGAAUGUGUACAACUGUUGUGAAAAAUUACCUCAGGAUAUUAUUAUAAUUUUAUGUUAAAUAUUGUUUCUUAUAUUGAUUUGUUACGAGAAUAUUAAUCUAAUUAAUUUUUAUGUUAUGCUUUAUUCUAGUUUAAUAAAAAUUAAUAUUUUUGUUGAUUA